GUAGUUAAGUUGUGUACACCGUCGAUGAACAUAUUAGCACAACAGACUCCGAACACAGCUGGCGAAUAGAGCGCCUAGUGCGGCUGGCAGCCUGGCAAAGAGAGUGUGUGUGGUGUUGUGCCGCUGUUUGGCUGGCGCUGUUUGUUGUUGUGUAGUUGCGUGCAUGUUUCCCUCAUCAGGCAGGAUAAGUCCCACCACUCAUUUUCAGCACCCAAGAUUUUACCUACUACUCCGUCCACAAAAUCAUCUUGUGAUGCCUAAAACCUGAUAAAGAAGUUUAAUAUUUGUUCCUCUUGUUUUGAAGAGGACAUAGAAAAGUGUUACAGAAAUCAUCCUAGCAACUUGGAGAAAAGGAUGCCAGUGACUCACUCAGUUGGACUCUUCAAGGGCUGCAUCACCACAACCAACCAUAUCACUACCACGUUGUGUCCCCAAAGUGAACUGGAAACAUACUUUGGCUACCAUAGCUGCCAACACUAUUAUUGCUGCUGCCCUCAGUUCCCCCAGCACUACUACCUCUUCCUAUAGCUGGUAUUCGCUUCCCUAAUUUGGACAGAAUGGAGCGACAGCUGAUGAAAGAGCGCAAUGCCUUUUUGAAGAAGGCAUUGGAAACCCCAUUAGAAGUCAAAAAGAGGCCCCAAAUACCACCACCUCCUGAGCCUCAGAAGAAGAAGGUUCCUAAGUCCCUUGCAUCAGACCCCAAUGCAUACAAAACUGUGUCGGGAGGAAGCCAGUACAAGUUUGGAGUACUGGCGAGAAUUGUGCGGCACAUGAAAACUCGCCAUCAAGAUGGGGAGAUGCAUCCACUUUCCAUUGAUGAAAUUCUUGAUGAGACCAAUCAACUUAAUGCUGGUCCCAAGGUCAAACAGUGGUUGGUGACGGAGGCUUUGCCCAACAAUCCCAAAGUGCAGGAAGUGGAGGGCAAGUACUUGUUUAAACCACCACUUCCUGUGAGGGACCGUAAGUCACUGCUCAAACUUCUUCGUCAACACGACAUGAAGGGACAUGGUGGUGUGCUGCUUGAUGACAUUCAGGAGUCUUUGCCUCAUUGUGAUAAGGUUAUGAAGCAACUAGACAAGGAAAUCUUGCGUGUUGUGCGGCAGACAGACAAAAAACAGAUCAUUUUCUAUCAUGACAAGGGCAUCAAUUUCCCAGUGGAGAAGGAGUUCCAGCAGCUUUGGCGUAACACUUCUGUUGAUGGCCUUCAAGAUGACAACAUAGAAGAAUAUCUUAACAAACAGGGAAUCAAGUCGAUGCAAGACACAGGGCCGAAGAUUAAGCCUAUCCGUAAGAAAGUGAGAAAAUCUCGGUCUCGAGCUACUAAGAUUUCUGACAAUGAGCACAUGCAACAUGUUCUGCAGACUUAUGAUGAUGCCUAGCAUAUCCUGCUUUGCUACCAUUUACCUCUGGUCCUUCUGUCCUUUCCCUUCUUCCUUUUCAGCAUCACAACUGCCACUCAUUUCAAAGAAAACACAUUUUUGUAGAGUAAAUAUUUACUUCUGAGUCUACUGACCUGGAAGUUAUAUUACUCUUCUGUAAAAACACUGAUGAUAUAAGUUCUCUCUUCCUGUUGUCUCUAUUUGUUGUUUUGGUUUUCAGGUUUUUCUAUUUGUUUAAUUUUUCUGUACUAUUUUCUUUAGUUUAUUAUCUAAUAUUUCACAUGUAUUUCUUUCCUUUUGCCUACACAUUCACAUAAAUUAUUUUUUUUUUUUUUACUUAUUCAUGUAUUUGUUUAUUUAUUUUUUACUUAGUUUUCUCCAUUCUUCCUUCCUUCACUUUGUACCUUCUUACACUUAUAUGCUUUCAUGUUUUUUACACAUUUUCUCAUGCCUUCAAAUUAGUUAGUUGUGUUGCUUGGAGAAAGUUGGUUUCUCAAUUGUCUCCUUAGAUAUGCUAUCUGGUUUGGUGUUGGUAUUCCAAGACAGUUAAGGGAAGGAGAAUAAAUUUUAUCCUCUUACACCAGGUUAUGUGUGGAUAUGGGUGUGGAUUUGAGUGUAGCAUAUGUAUUGAUUGGUAUGUUUUAGAGGACCCAUCAGUCUCUGGUGUAGGUAAGUAUCUUUGAGCUGCAGUAUUGUGCUAAUUUCCUGAAAAUGAGUAUUGAGAAGUGGUACAUGGCUGUCUUAUCAGAUAUGGAUGGAACCUCAUUGGAGCAUGAUUGUGCAGUUGCAUUUACAUUUAUUACUAUUUCAUUUGCUCCAUAUUAGCUUCCAGUCUUUUGCCUUGAAACUACUAUUUUUUCUUCCAUUGAAAGUUAAUGAAAUGAUAUGUAAACAUAUUGUUAUGUUCUGUUGUUUUAGAUUGUUAUGCCUUCAAUGUUUUACCUUUAAACAUGUUAUGUUUGAUUGUCUUGACAAGAUGCAGUGCAAAUUUGAGUGAAGAGCAGUCCAUAAUUCAAUACUAUUUUAUGUCUUACGAAUAAAUUUAGAAGUUAUAUAAAUACAAUGGAUGUCCAUUGUUUUGUGGUAGGGCUAUUGACUGCUUUCCAUUAGGCUUCAAUUUCUUUUGGAGUGAGAUGAAUUCAAAGUAUUAACCCUGUGUAGAAACUGUACAGUAUUAGGAAUGUGUCGAAUGAGAUAUGUAUACCUACUUUAAUCAAAUCGUAUGUACUCAUGAUAGUAUCUGCUCUCGUUGUGAACUGGUUUUUCAUGCACAUAAGAUGGAUUGGCCUUGACACUGGUCAGGGAUCCACAUUGUCUUGACACAUCUCACCCACUUAUUAUUCCAAAGUUCAUGUAUUGUGUUGAUUUCUGCUUCCAUAUUUAUUGUCUUUCUUUUCUAAUUGCUAUUAUUAAUUGCUGCUACUACUGCUGCUACUUUUAUUAUUGUUGUUAAUAUUAUUAUUAUUAUUAUUAUUAUUAUUAUUAUUAUUAUUAUUAUCUUUAUUAUGAUUCAUUUUUA